GGGCCAGCCUGCCCCCGGAGCCCCCGCCACCGCCCAGCCCGGAGCCGCAGCCGCUGCCCGAGUCGGCUGUGCGGGAGCCCAGCGUGCUGCUGGCCAUCCUCGCCCGCAACGCCGCGCACACGCUGCCGCACUUCCUGGGCUGCAUCGAGAGGCUGCGCUACCCCAAGAGCAGGAUCGCCCUCUGGGCAGCCACCGACCACAGUGUUGAUAACACCACAGCAAUUCUUAGAGAGUGGCUGAAGAACGUGCAGAACCUCUAUCACGAUGUGGAGUGGAGGCCAAUGGAAGAGCCUCAGUCUUACCCAGAAGAAAUUGGACCAAAACAUUGGCCAAGCUCCCGCUUCACUCACGUGAUGAAACUCCGACAGGCUGCCCUGCGCGCCGCGCGGGAGAAGUGGGCAGACUACGUCCUGUUUAUUGAUGCAGAUAAUUUACUGACCAACCCAGAAACCCUGCACCUGAUGAUAGCAGAAAACAAGACCUUGGUGGCACCAAUGCUGGAGUCUCGCUCUCUCUACUCUAACUUCUGGUGUGGCAUCACCCCUCAGGGCUAUUACAGAAGGACCCUGGAUUAUCCCCUGAUUCGGGAAUGGAAGCGGACGGGCUGUUUUGCUGUCCCGAUGAUUCAUUCCACAUUCCUUAUAGACCUGAGGAAAGAGGCCUCCACCAAGCUGAUGUUCUACCCACCUCACCAGGACUACACAUGGAGCUUUGAUGAUAUCAUGGUCUUUGCCUUCUCCAGUCGCCAAGCAGGAAUACAGAUGUUCAUCUGCAACCGUGAACACUAUGGUUUCCUUCCCAUGCCCCUGAAGUCCCACCAGACCCUGCAAGAGGAAGCAGAGAACUUUGUGCACACACUGAUCGAGGCUAUGAUCGACCGUCCUCCCAUUGAACCCUCUCAGUAUGUCUCUGUUCCUCCAAAGAACCCUGACAAGAUGGGAUUUGAUGAAAUUUUCAUGAUCAAUCUGAAGCGUCGGAAAGACAGGCGGGAUCGGAUGCUUCGGACUCUGUAUGAGCAGGAGAUUGCAGUCAAGACAGUGGAGGCUGUGGAUGGAAAAGCACUCAACACCAGUCAGCUCAAAGCUCUCAGCAUCGAGAUGCUCCCGGGUUACCGGGACCCCUACUCCUCCAGGCCACUGACCCGGGGCGAGAUCGGCUGCUUCCUUAGCCACUAUUACAUCUGGAAGGAGGUGGUGGACAGAGAACUGGAGAAGACACUUGUUAUUGAGGACGACGUGCGCUUUGAACACCAGUUCAAAAGGAAGCUCAUGAAGCUGAUGGAUGACAUUGAACAAGCCCAGCUAGACUGGGAGCUUAUCUACAUUGGCCGGAAGAGGAUGCAGGUGCAGGAGCCUGAGAAAGCAGUUCCCAAUGUCAUGAACCUGGUGGAAGCUGAUUACUCCUACUGGACCCUGGGGUAUGCAAUCUCUUUCCAAGGGGCUCAGAAGCUCAUCGGAGCAGAGCCUUUCAGCAAGAUGCUGCCUGUAGAUGAAUUUCUGCCCAUCAUGUACAACAAGCACCCUGUAGCCAAGUACAUGGAGUACUAUGAAUCCAGAGACUUGAAAGCCUUUUCUGCAGAACCCCUCCUCGUUUACCCCACUCACUACACUGGGCAGCCAGGCUACCUCAGUGACACAGAGACCUCAACCAUCUGGGACAACGAGACUGUGUCGACGGACUGGGACAGAACACAUUCCUGGAAAUCCCGGCAGCAGGGCAAGAUCCACAGCGAGGCCCAGAACAAGGGUGCCCUGCCUUCCCAGUCAUCUCUCAACGUGCCAUCCUCCAGGGAUGAACUAUGACUGAUGGCUUCUUCCCCUCCCCCGGGACUCUCCUGACAGCUGAACCUGCCUCACACUUUGGCUUUUCACCCUUGAAAGUUGUAGAGCAGCUCUUCACGUGGUCUCCUUCCCACCACCUCGAACGGCAAAGCACAGUGGUUGGACCUGACAACUAACCAAGCUGCUCGGGCCAGGUGGGAGAUGAAGGAGGAGAAAGAUCAAGUGUUCCAGACUGGCAGAAAAAAGGCAGAGAUCUGAACAAAAGCCCUCUUGAGCUUUUGUAACAAAACAAAACAAAAAAACCAACCUUGAAUGACGUCUUUCUACAGUUCCUCCUGUAGAAUACUGUAUUUAUAAAGAUUAAUAUAUAGAGGUGUACAAUGUUAAUACCUGUUCUGGAUAGCUGUAACUGGGCUGCUGUGUAACUGUUACUCCUUGUAGCUUUGUGGGCUUUAAUAGCCAUGUUGCCUGUGAGAAACUGCAGGCAAGUGUUUGGGUUAUUUGGGUUUGUUUUUCAAAGAGAUCCCUGACAGAAUCCAGGUGUUUUCCAAAAAACGUUCAGUGCAGUGGAGCAGCCCUCUGCUGGAGUGUCCUCUCCAUCAUCACACCUGUACAGAAAACUGUUGCUGGCUUCCCCUCCACAAAUAUCAAAGCUUGUUAAAUCACAUCUAAACAGAUGUCUAAAAUCUUGGAAGCUAGCAGAGAAGCUGGAGGUUGGUUCUUUUCUCGGUGUCUGCAGCGCCUGAAGGGAACACAGGUGGAGCUGGUCCAUGUCGUGUCCUUCUUCACCCUCUGCCUCAAUUUAUUCCCUCAGGAAAGCAAAGCCUGGCAACACAGUUGCAGGCCUGUUGAAUUAGGCCUUAAAACCAAGUGUAGGACUUUCAGGAACAUUAAGUCUGGCUACAAACUGCUUGGCACUGUCCUUAUAGAACCAAAACAACCCACAGAACCAUUAGUGUUGUCCACUCUUGACAGAAUCGCGCGUUACACGACGGGAAGGCAACUUGUCUUGAUAUUUUUUUUCAUGUGAAGAGCAAACUUUUCUUUUUUUUUGGAUGAGUUCUGAUGUACUUGCUGUUGGUGACCAUGUCAGCAGAGUGUGGUGUUUGUAUUUUAUUUUUUUUUCACAAAAAAACCCCACCAUUUCUCAGAUGCCAGGUGCUCUCGGGCUCCGCUGCUUAGGUUCCGCUGGCCCAGACCUCAGCCUGUGGGGUGAUGCCCUCCUGGCCUUGCAGUCCUGAGCCUCACCUGCUGGCAGAUCUGAGCUAGCUGAGUGUGUGUGGCUGGGUUUGUUUGGUGUUUUUUUUUUUAUACAUUUUGUUUGUUUUUAAUAAUUACUGAUCAAUGUUGUGCUUUCUGCUAAAGAAAACAUGUUAUUACCUGUCAGCCGGUCUGAUAAUACAUAGAACUUGGUGCAAGAUGA